AUGCUCCCCAACCAUCUCAUCCUUGUCCUUUUGCUUCUCUUUUCUGCCCGACCUACUGCCUCACACCCUACCCAAAACCACACAAAUGCACCCCCAACAACCGCCCAAUUUCUCCAUGGCGCACCCAACAAAGUCCCCUUCGAAUACCUCACCGACAUCGGCGACAUCGAUAAUAACGGCCAUCCAGACUACCUAGUCUCAAACCCUUCCGCAAACAAUCACACCGGCUCGCUUCAACUCCACCUCAUCACAAACAAUCAUACUUCCCUCUUCACGCGCCAAAUCAUCCCGUCCACACCUAAUUCCGACACCCCCGCACUCAAACCGCACGACAACUUCGCCGCGUCCGUCGCAAACUUAUCCCAAAAUAAGGACCGCUCCUUGUCCCGAAUCCUCGUCGGCGCACCGGGCGAUGCAAACGGCACCGGCGCCGUCUACGUCCUCACCCUCACUCGCACCGGAAAUCUCGUCCACUCCACCAAGCUCUCCGCUUCCAACUUGCAAUCUGCCGCCAACGAUCAUGCUCCCAGAAACCGUCUAGGUGCCACGCUGUCUGUCUCGCACGAUCCAAAGGAACAUGGCUCUGUGAAAGUCGUCGUGGGCGCCGCAUCCGGCUUGCCGCUAACCGUUUUCAUCAAGCCGAGCGGCGACCUCCAGCAAACCCCAGUAACUAAGCGACUGGAGCAGCUGACGCGACUCACACGGCGUGCUUCACGCGGGAGCAAUCGCUCCGACACGGCGAGAUUUCCGAUGCGAGGCAAAACGGUGCGUCAGGCAGACUCUGGGGAGUGCUUGUUCAGCGACUCGUACUGCGCGUGCACGCUGGCCGCGGCCGAGGCGGGGUCGCUUGCGUGCAUGGACGUGGUCGGGACGGAGGUGGGGACGGGGCGCAAGCUGUGCGAGAUCCGGGACUGCGAGGCGACGUACGAGUGCCGGUGUGACGGGGCGGAGCACUGCAGCCGGGAGGAGGUGACGUUCACGACGUUUGUGUCGGAGGGCGUGGCGGGCGGCGGGCGGAUGUACUGCACGUCGGUGUCGACGACGGUGAUGCAGAACCUCGUGCUCAACGUCGUGCCGUUCCCCGCGCCGGACGUGCGGCAGCUCGUCCAUGACGGGGCAGACGCGCAGCCGUAUACUGCUACCAACUGCAGAUGCUCUUUGAGGAGCGCCGUGCAGCAGGCGUCUACUUGUCUCGACUUUUUGAGAGAGGAGGGCGAUGGGAUCAGGCUGUGUAGCAGGAGGGCGUGCCAAUUCAAGGAUGAUGAGUAUGUGUGCGAUGUGUUCGGGACGACGUACUGUGGCAGGGAGAGUGUAGCGUCGAGAUGGUAUGUGAGCGAGGGAGAUUAUGCGGAGGAUGGGGUUGAGGUUUGUCGCUUGGAGAGUGGCAACAAGGAAAGAGUUAGGUUGGUAACGUGA